AGGGUAAAAAUUAAUAUUCUCUCUUUGGCCGGGAGGACACCAAUAUUUACUUACGGUAGAGGAGUUGUGAGCGGAAGAGAGGUUUAGCAAAACCAGAAGCUCCGGCGAAGUCUAGAGGGACGGCCAUUGGAGGUCAGCGAAGGAUGAAACGCUUCUUCAAGCCAAUAGAGAAGGAGGGCUCUUCGAAGAAAGCGGCUCUCUCACCUUCGCUGAAAGAUGGUGAUGAUUCUGAAGCAUCGGUGCCGGACAAGAAAGAGCCUCUUAAAUUUAUAACUUGGAAUGCCAAUAGUUUACUUCUCCGAGUUAAGAACGACUGGCCGGAAUUCACCAAGCUCGUCUCUAAUCUUGAUCCAGAUGUCAUCGCCAUACAAGAAGUAAGGAUUCCUGCAGCAGGUUCAAAAGGUGCACCUAAAAACCAAGGAGAGUUGAAAGAUGACACAAGCACAUCACGUGAAGAGAAGCAGAUGUUGAUGCGUGCACUUUCCAGUCCUCCCUUUGCAAAUUAUCGUGUUUGGUGGUCUCUUUCAGAUUCCAAGUAUGCUGGGACUGCAUUGUUUAUGAAAAGGUGUUUACAACCAAAAAAGGUUUUCUUCAACCUAGACAGAAUAGCUUUAAAGCAUGAAGUGGACGGCCGUGUAAUUUUAGCUGAAUUUGAGACAUUUCGUUUAUUGAAUACAUAUGCACCAAAUAAUGGAUGGAAGGAUGAGGAGAAUUCUUUUAAAAGGAGAAGAAAAUGGGAUAAGAGGAUUAUGGAGUUUGUUCAUCAAUCUUCUGAUAAGCCUCUUAUAUGGUGUGGUGACCUGAAUGUUAGUCAUGAAGAGAUUGAUGUGAGCCAUCCAGAUUUUUUCAGUGCAGCAAAGCUUAAUGGCUAUAUACCCCCAAAUAAGGAGGAUUGUGGGCAGCCUGGAUUUACGUUGGCUGAAAGGAAGCGCUUCGGUGCUAUAUUGAAAGAGGGAAAACUGAUAGAUGCAUAUAGAUUCCUGCACAAGGAGAAAGACAUGGAGCGUGGCUUCUCAUGGUCUGGACACCCCAUUGGAAAGUAUCGAGGCAAAAGGAUGAGAAUCGACUAUUUUGUAGUUUCCGAGAGUCUUGUAGGUAGGAUUGUUUCAUGUGAAAUGCACGGCCAAGGGAUUGAAUUAAAAGGUUUUUACGGAAGUGAUCAUUGCCCUGUUUCUCUUGAGCUGUCAGAAGCUAGUUCUUGUCCUGAGUCUCAAGAAAACUGAAUACUUCAUUUAGAAAGUUAUUAGGAGCUCUUUUCUUUCUUUUUUGUAGUUGACUUUUCUUCUCUGGUUGCUGCACUUCCAGGAUAGGAUGUAUAUGAUUUAUGAAUACAUCAGACCUGAAACUAUUAUGCUCCUUGGAAUGUUGUUCCAUUGGACUAGUAUACUGGCCAAGAUUGACUGGAAAAAUGACAAUGGGUUGGUCAUAUUUCUCGAGUAUUUGAAGUUCACUUCUUCCAUUUUUUGGUUUCAAAA